UUUUAUUUUUCAACUUUAUAAGUUGACAGUUGUAAUCUGUAAAUUGUAAUUGGCUUCUAAUUUACUAUUUAUUAUUCAAUAUUUUUUAAAUGUUAAACACUGACUAACAUAAAAACUAUUAAUUUUAAUUAUUAUCUGUGUGUCAUCUGUCUAAAUAGUCUGUACUCCUGUGUACUGUUUAGUGUUUGCUGUGCAGACGUGUGGUUCAUUGAUUCACAUCAGACGCGUUAAUAGCCACUUCGUUUUAAAAAUGUUGUUCUACUCAUUUUUUAAAUCACUCGUUGGGAAGGAUGUCGUUGUUGAAUUAAAAAAUGAUCUGAGUAUUUGUGGUACAUUACAUUCUGUGGAUCAAUAUUUGAACAUCAAACUCGUUGACAUAAGUGUAACUGAUCCUGAAAAAUACCCACAUAUGGCUUCUGUAAGGAACUGUUUCAUCAGAGGUUCAGUGGUUCGCUAUGUACAACUACCAGCAGAUGAAGUUGAUACACAGUUGUUACAAGAUGCUGCACGUAAAGAAGCAACAGUCACACGCUAAUAUAUUUUACAUUUAAUUACAACUAAGGAAAUUAUUGUUUAAGAAGUAAUAUAAAAAUAAUUGUGUAAUUUAUUUUUAAA